AUGAAGACGCGGCCCACGGGUAUCGGUGCCUCGAACGCCAACUGGAUGAGCUCACUCUCCCCCAAGCUCACAGCUAUGCCCCUGAAGCACCUUGCAGUGCCCGGGUCCCAUGACUCGUUUAGUUUCUGGGUAGAUGUGAAGGCCCCGGUGGGCCCUGACCAGAAGGCCAUUGUCAAAUACCUGGCCACAGCCUUCCGUUUCGUUUCAAAGAAAGUCAUGAAGAAGUGGUCCAUGACACAGAACCUGACGUUUAAGGAGCAGCUGGACGCAGGGAUUCGUUACUUUGACCUGCGUGUGUCAUCCAAACCUGGAGAGUCUGGUACUGAGAUCUACUUCAUCCAUGGCCUGUUUGGACACAAGGUGUGUGACGGUCUGUCGGACAUUAACUCUUUCCUGGACGCCCAUAAUAAGGAGAUGGUGUUCCUGGACUUUAACCAUCACUACGCCAUGGGGAUGGAGCAUCACACCUACCUCAUCAACAUGCUCCAGGAAGUGUUCGGACCUAAACUGUGCAAGAUCGGCGUUGUCGAGGAGAUCACCCUGGACUACCUCUGGGAGAACAAGUACCAGGUCAUAGUAUUCUACCACCACCCGUCUGCUGAGAACUGUCCAUUGAUAUGGCCGGGCAACAAGUGUCCAGCUCCUUGGGCUAACACUACAGACACCACCAAACUCUUUCAGUUCCUGGAGACAACUCUAGGUGAGAGGGCUAAGAUGGGGUCCUUCCACGUGACUCAGGCCAUCCUCACCCCCAGAGUCAAGACCAUUGUCAAGGGCCUGGUCAAGGGGCUACGCAACUAUCUAGUCGAGAGGAACCUUCCCAUCAUAUUAACGUGGGUCGAGACCCAGAAACCCGGUGUUGACGGGAUAAACAUCAUCACCUCUGACUUUGUGGAACUGACUGACUUCGCCAACACAGUCAUCAACCUCAACAACCUCCUGCUCAACGAACAGGACCGCAAGAAAACCUGACCAACGCCACCAUAGAG